AUGCAGAACCAGAGACUGGUCGUUGGCAUCGAUGUUGGUGCAAGCAAAACAGUGGUUUCCUACUACGUCACGGGAGUUGACAACCCGCAAACAAGAUUCCUCCUUCUAGACAAAGACCCGAUAAUUCCUACAGCGAUUGCCUACUUGCCGGGGGGUGGGUGCUAUGUUGGCCGUCAGGCUCAGGCUCAAGAGAACUGCAUCUAUUGGAUAAAACAUAUGUUUGAUGAUGCUCGUGUUUUACAAGACUCUGAUGAUGAGCUAAUCAAGGAACUUGUCCUGUCGACAUAUGAGCACCUACCUCCCAAGCAGCGCGAAGAUCCCUACCUUCUUAUGUCAGAUUUCUUGGGCAAGAUAUUAGGACAUCUCACGUCUGUCUUGAAAGACGAACUUGCAGUCACAGGCCUGCCACAAGACUUCGUUUUUGCUACGCCCUCAACUUGGUCAAGAGCUGCUCAUAUCAAGAUGGAACAGGCUGUCAACUCAGCAGGGUUCACAAAACUUAACGGUGCAAGAGUCCAUUUCAUUUCUGAGGCCGAGGCGGUGGCCGUAUAUGUCGUCAAUGGGGGAGAAAUUCAGAUGGGACAGGAAUGUCAGGUAGGCGACGGAGUAAUGGUCGUCGACUGCGGCUCAAGUACAGUGGACAUAACUACAAUCCAAGUCGACCAGCAAACCCCGUUUGACUACCAGCGGCUGACUGCUUUCACAAGUAACGCCUGUGGAGCCGUUCAAUUCCAGUCGCUCAUCUAUAAAGCACUGGAGAAGAGUCAAGAAAACCGUCCGGUGACAAGAAGGGCCAAGCUUCCUGCGUUCGCCGAUUGGGCCCGAAUAAACUUUCCUUGCGGUCCUGUAGCAGUCCCCGAUGUCAAUGGGUUUCAGCACUGUGACAUGGAGGAGAUCUACGAUACGGUUGCCGCCAAAAUUAUUGGCCACGUUCGACAAGAAAUUGAUUGUGCCAAUAUUUGCGCUGGAAAAAAUAUUGUCAACAAAUUGAUUUUGGUUGGAGGCCUUAGUUGCUCUCCCGAUAUCUCGGCAAGAAUCCAGCAAAGGUGUCGAAACGAGUUCAAUAUCAAUGUCCACCAGCCAGGUCAAGCAUUUCGAGUUAGAGGUGUUUGCCUAGGUAGCACACUCUGUGGUAUCAUUGGAGGCUCACAACUGUCCUUUAAGUUCUGGACAAGCUAUCAUCUAGUCAAUGCGACUAACCAAUGUACCGAAGUAUUCAGAAAGGGAAAACGCUGCAACGAAGAGCACACCGUGCUUGUCCGCAUGACACUGACCCGAACUGAGGAUGGAAAGUGCACCAUUCCGGUGGUAAAGAGUGACCAUCCUGGAGUAUAUGUUUCAGUCGGGACAAUUCACUGCAACUUAACGCUGGUCCCAGGGAACUGGCAAUUUCUGGACGUUGUGAUCAAUUGCCGGGCCACAGUAAGGUCCGAAGAACGACACCUUCCUCCCGAGCGCAUGCUCCAUUUCGCUGUGCAUGGGAUACUACUGUGGGCACAAUGGGUAGGGGAGAAAAAGGAAGACAUAGAAUGUAGAAUGUUCUGGGCGAUUAGAAUGUCAAUUACUGUCGGUACCGGGUUGCAAGCUGUCUUUCCUCAACGCCUCUCUUGA